CUGUUCAGAAAGUAUCGAUCGAGCGGUAGGGCAAAUAUCUAUUUAGUUACCUUUUGGUCCAAAACUACCAAAUAUAGCCAAGGAAUUGGUUACUUUUGAUGGCAUGCAGAUCGAUUUAUAAAUAAAUAUUGAACGUUCAUAAAUAUAUAAACAGAAAGCAAUAUGUCCGAAGUAAGAAAAGCAUUAUUGAGACACUCGAUAAUUUAUACGUGCUCAUUAAUGCACUCAUGCAAAAAAUAAAGUAGUAAUAAAAAAAGAUCAAUUUUUGAACUAUUAAUUCUUAGAAAAAAGAAAACAAUAUCACGUACGGUAGGUGACUCUUGUAUCUACUAAAAGGGCCAAAAGAAUCUGGGGCCAACUCUAUCAUGCUGGUCCACUGGUCCCUAUUGUCUUAACGUGAGAUCUAACCCACCGGCGACGCGAAACCUCCAAGGCCAACUCAAUCUUGUCUGCUAGCCGGCCAUGCCUCUGUCUCCCGCCGAUCCUUCAGUUCACCACCUAAGUUCCUUCCUCUCUCAAUCUUCGCCACGUUGAUUUCUCCUACUUUCCCGAACUACCCUUAGCGUGAUGGUCUGUUUAAAUAAUUCGGGAAAUAAUAACCAAACCUUGAGCUGUCAUGUUCCCUUGUUAUUAUUACACGACAAGUCAGACGUGUACUUUAGAUUCUUGAGGCUAUUUUCUUCUUCCUCGAUUGUUCUUAUAUAUAAACUCGUCACAAGGUCGUCUGAUCUUUCAAUUCACAAAUCACAAACAACAACAACUUGGUACGUAUACUCUACAUACACAAACAUCAAACUCACGAGAGAUAUAAACAAAGAAAAAUGGGUGCAUGCGUUUCACGUGAAUGUAUGAGGGGAGAUUCGGCGAAGCUAAUAUUGCUGGACGGGACAUUAGAAGAGUUCUCGUAUCCGGUCAAAGUUUGGCAGAUCUUGCAGAAAUACCCGACGAGUUUCGUAUGUAACUCAGACGAAAUGGACUUCGACGAUACAGUUUCAGCAGUCUCUGGCAACGAAGAGCUCCGAUUGGGGCAACUUUACUUCGUUUUACCGCUGACGUGGCUCAGUCAUCCCCUAAGGGCGGAGGAAAUGGCGACGCUGGCUGUUAAAGCAAGCUCCGCGUUGACCAAGAGCGGCGGAGUCAGUUGCGCUGACUCCAUUUGGGAAAUAAAUUACCAAUCCAAAAAAAUCGCCCGAGCGAAGACAAAUGGCGGUGGUGGAAGAGGCUGUGGCAAAGGGAAGAGGAGAUUUACGGCGAAUUUGAGCAGCAUCGCCGAGUAGGGUCAACUUAGUGGAGCAAACCAUAAAAAUAAAUCGACCGACGUAGAAACUGUAGUUAGAGACGUUUGACUUUUUUCUAAUGGAGAAAAACAAAAUGAUCCAUUACUUUUGGAUUUUUUUUUCUAUAUUUGGUUGCUUAGAAUUUGAGAAAUGGACACGAGGAGGAGGAUGAUAUAUAUAUUAUAGUGAUGUGAUUCCAAUCUUGAAUCUAAUGCAAUUUUUCCGAA